AUGUCUCUGUCGCUCGCCCUUACUUCCCCCCAUCGCUCACCCCUUAUCUCCCCGUUGCUCACCCCUCAUCCCCCCCCGCCGCUCAUCCCUCGUUUUCCGUCGUCGCUCAUCCCUCGUUUUCCCCCCGCCGCUCACCCCUCCUUUUCCCCCCUCUCUCAACCCUCAUCUCCCCCCUUCGCUCGUCCCUCCUUUCCCCCCGUCGCGAAUCCCUCAUUUCCCUUCCCCCCCCCCUCUCAUCUCCCUCAUUUCCCCGCGUCACUCAUCCCUCAUUUCCCCCCGUCGCUCAUCCCUCAUUCCUCCCUUCGCUCAUCCCUCAUUUCCCCCCCUUCGCUCAUCCCUCCUUUCCCCCCCGUCGCGAAUCCCUCAUUUCCCCCCUUCGCUCAUCUCCCUCAUUUCCCCGCGUCGCUCAUCCCUCAUUUCCCCCGUUGCUCAUCCCUCAUUUCCCCUCGUCGCUCACCCCUCAUUCUCCCGUCUCCCACCCCUCAUGCCCCCGUCGCUCACCCCUCAUGCCCCCGUCGCUCACCCCUCAUGCCCCGUCGCUCACCCCUCAUGCCCCCAUCGCUCAUCCCUCAUUCCCCUGUCGCUGACCCUUCAUUUCCCCCCUUCCCGCACUCUUUUCCCCCUCAUUUCCCGCCCCCGCUGUUUUCCCACAUCUCCCCUCUUCCCUCUCCUCCUGUCUUCUCUCACAUUUCCCCCUCUCCUCUUCACUUAUCCCAUCCCAUUUCACUUCCCUUCGCCCAUCUCACUUCUUCUACUCUCAUACCACGUUCCCCACUUUCAUCUUCUCCCCCCUCUCCCAUCUCCCUCUUCCUGCUCCCAUUUCUCUUUUCCCGACUCUCAUCUCACGUCCUUCCAUCCGCCCCCCCUCAUAUACCCGUUGUCUCCCUUUUGUUCCACGGCCUUGCGCUCUCCGUUCCUGCCUUGCUCUCAACCCAUUCAACAGCCCUGCCCUGUUUCCUCCUUGCUCCCCCAUCGUUCCAGCUGCUCUUGCUGCUCACGGGCAGAGGGAUCACCACCUCUCUCACCUUCCCCUAUCCAUCCACCCCUCUUCCCCUACCCCCCCCGGGACCCACCCCGUUGGCAUCCUCACCAUGCCCCUUCUGUCAGGCAUUGGCCCGUCCCUGUCCCCCUAUCACCCUCCGCCACUUCAUUUCUGUGUUCAGUUGGCCUGUCCCCUCAUCCCUAUCCGUUUCAGAAAUCUCACCCUGUCCCGUCCUCCCUCAUCCCGAACUGCUUGAGCAGCCUUGGCCAUCCCCUCCUCAACCCACCCCGUUUUUCAACCUAUCAUGUCCCUCCUGUCAGGCACUGACUCACUGGCCUUGCCCCGUCCCUGUCUCCUUAUCAUGCUCGCCACUCGUCCCUCCCCACCCGCUGUUGUUCAGAUGGCCUGUCCGGCUGUCCCCUUGUCCCCACCCGCUUCAGUCAUCCCACCGUGUCCCUUUGUCCUCCUUUGUCCCGAACUGCUCUAACAACCUUGCCUCUCUCACCUCCUUUACUCCCAACGCCUUUGCAACCUCAUUACCAUGUGUCCCGUCUGUCAGAAUGGCGGCCACGCAGGAGUCGGUGUGUAGGCGCUGCAGAACGCUGUUUAAGCGGGAAGAAAACAGCCAAGAGGCGUGCAGAUUCCACCCCAAGAUGUUUGUGAGCCGCAAGCAUGACGACCAAAAGAGGUACUAUGAGCUGAAGGACGGCGAUCCGGAGUACCCUGCUCGUUUCUACGACUGCUGUGGUGCUGAGGAUCCCAGUGCCCCUGGAUGCACCAGUGCUUGCCAUGUGUCGUAUGAUGAUUAA